AUGGAUGAACAAGAAAAGGAGGGGAAAAGAAAGGAAAGCACCUACAAAUAUUUAAACUCAGAUGAAAUAAAUAAUUUGGAGUACAUUUUCAAUAAAGUAAAAAAAAAUAAAAAUGAAAAUGUAUCUAUUCAGAAUUUACAAAAAUUUCUCCUGAACAGUCAUAAUAAAGAUAUAUGCGAGGAUUUGCUAGACUUUUUUCAUAUAUAUGGUAGUACUAUAAGCUUAGAUGAUUUUCUAAAUUGUCUUAAUUGUGAUAUAAAUGAAUUCAAAUCGAAAGAAAAAAUGAAAAAUUUAUUUGAGUUGAUAGACACAAAUAAAAGAGGUUUUAUAUCGUAUAAGAAUUUCAUGGAGGCAGCCAAGGAGUUUGAAAAUGAGUUUAACGAACAGACGCUAAAAAAUAUAUUUAACAUAAUUGACCUGAGCAACAGCGACAGGAUGCUUUUCGAGGACUUCAAGAACUCCAUAUCAAACAUUUAG